GAAGUCAUAAAGGUAAAAAUAUACUCGAUUUUCAGAAUGCCCUCAUUCAGCUUUCAAAUUGCCAUCGUCAUUGUUGCAUUUGUAGUCAGUGUUUAUGGACAUGAUUGUACAAAAUACAGCCUGACACCAUCAGAUCAGUCUCUUAUUGAUAUGAUGAAGCAUUACUUGCAUACUUCCCGGAAAGCGGACUGUCCUGUAACACCUUCACAACAAGAUAUUGGUGUGACAUAUGUCAGAUGGGGAAAGAAAAUAUGUCCUGGAAAUUCAGAUAUUGUGUAUGCAGGUCAGGCUGGAGGUAACAAACACUCUAACAAAGGAGGAGGCUCCAACUACCUCUGUUUACCAAGUGAUCCAGAAAAUGGUAAAGCAUACUCCUAUGCUAAUGAUGGAUUAUAUGGUGCCGAGUAUGAAUUACGUUCAAACAUUAAACCAUCUGGUUUACCUGCUAGUUUGGCCGAAAAAGAGGUCCCGUGUGCUGUAUGCAGGCGGAAAGGGAAAGUUUCUGUUUUAAUGAUACCAGGAAGGAAGUCCUGUUACAAAGGAUGGCAGUCCGAGUACAGUGGUUUUUUGAUGAGUGAACAUAAAACUCACCACAGUAAAGACUUUAUCUGUAUAGACGGAAACGCAAAACCAUUGGACGAUCGAACAUCCAGCGAAAAUAGUGCUUUGUUUUAUCCUGUUAGAGCAAAAUGUGGUAGUUUGAGAUGUCCCCCAUACAAAGAUAAUACUGAAGUGCUUUGUACCGUUUGUACAAAAUAAAAAUAAUAUUAUGUU